AUGACGGUACUUAGCAAUGGUGAGAUCGAAAAGAGCAAAGAUCUUAUCCGAUACUUCCUUGAAAAGCUUCUCAACAGUGAAGUAGAAGCGUUAUGCGUCGUUGAAAGCGGUAACUCAAAAUGGGCCUGUGGAUCCAAAAAACUGUUGAAUAAAUUAACAUCUGGAAGCUUACGAACCCAGCCUGACGACAGGCUUGAAGAGAUCUACGUGGCCGACAACAACGAAGAGCUGCAACAAGACGAGGAAGUCUUUACCGCAGAUCAUCUUUUCGAUUCGGAAUGGAAAUUUAGCGGUGGUGGUGCUUUUCUGAUAUCGACAGAUGAAAUUCGCAAGCGCAAGUCAAUCGACAGUAGCUCGAGCUCACGUGACUCAAAGUCGAAGGCGGCGAAAAUCGCAAAAUCAGUGUCCAGCAAUAACGACGAAUCAGAGGAAGACAUCUCUAUUAAGCCAUUUGUUUGCAAUCGAUGCACCUGCGGCUUUUCAACUAAAGACGAAUUGAAAAACCAUUGUUGCAAUUACGCCGACCCAAAGCCUUUCCAUUGCGACAUUUGUAUGAAGGGCUUCUCGACCAAGUCAAACAUGCAGCGCCAUAGAAAUAUUCACACGAAGGAAAAGGUCUUCCAAUGCACCCAGUGCAGCAAAAAAUUCUACGACUCUGGAAACUUAAAAGGCACAUUGAAGGAGUUCACUCUACAAAGGACAUUCUCGCACCACAACGAAAUCCUCCCAUCGGAAAACGAAAGCAGUCGCUCUCCAAGCUCUAUCCUCAAGCUUGACGAUAUGAGCAUGGAUGACAGCGAGCAGCAGGAAGAAAUCGAUACUAAGCCCGUUGAAGGAGAGACAUUCAACUGCGACAAGUGCUUACUGAGGACGAACAAAAAGAGUGAGAUGCUGGAACAUCUCAAAAGCGCCCACAGCGGUGAUGGCAACCAACAUUGCGUGCGUGUUGAGCAGCCAAUGCCAGAAACCUCAAAUGCAGAAGGCACAUCUGACGCCCAAAAGAGCUUCAAUUAUAAGCUAUUCUUUUGUGACUUUUGCUGGAAAGAAUUCACAUGGAGGGCGAACCUUGUCAGGCAUAUAAAUAUCCACACACACGCAAAGAGCUUUUUCUGUAGCUUCUCACUUUGCAAAAAGUCCUUUAGCUCGCAUACAUCAUUACGAAGACAUGAACAAAAACAUCAAGGCGUACACUAUAGCUGUUCGAAAUGUGUACGACUAUUCAACGAUCCAUCAAACUUACGGAGACACGAGGCCUCAUGUACAGGCAGUGGCGAUCCAGCUGACGAUAUCAGCGAAGAGAAACCCUCUACAAGUGUGAAGACUGCGAUUAAAAUGAAGCAGGAGAAAAAAAGUGAUGUGAAAGAGGAAGUCGAUCAGAUGAAGCCCCAUCGCUGCGGUUACUGUAAAAAGUCGUUUGGACGAGCGGAAAGACUUGAAGAGCAUCUACGUACUCACACGGGUGAAACUCCCUUUACAUGCGAUAUUUGCGGCAAGGGCUUUACGACGAAACACAACCUCAUCCGUCAUCGGAAUAUCCACACUUUGGAGAAGAAAUACACUUGCGAGUAUUGCAACAAAUUCUUCGCCGACCCUACCCAACACAAAAGACAUCAAGCUACUCACUUAUCGAGAGGAGCUCAAGUCAAGCGAAAUGUUAAAGGUUCCAAAAAGAGCGACAUGGAUGUUCCUUUAUCGUUGGUGAUCCCCAAUUUCUCGUGA